UAUUUUAAUAUAUUCAUAAUAAUUUAUUCAAACAAAUAUGUUGUUUUUAUAAACGUUUGUAGUACGAGAAUACAGUCGAUGACAAAAAUGACGAUACUAAGAGUGUUCAUAAACCAAAGCUUAAUAAAGUUAACGAAGAAACAGAAAAAGUAGACAUAACUCAAUCUGAAUCUAAUAACAUUGAGACUUAUAGAUAGGAGAAAAAUGAUGAAAGUCAAUCGCAGUUAGAUAACAUUAAUAACAUGGACGAAGAAUUAACAACAAAUAAUAACACUACUGAGACUAGAGAGGAAAACAAUGAUGAAAGUCAAUCGCAGCUUGAUAACAUGGAGGAAGAUUUAAGCAACAAAUCUCGAUUGCAGUUAUUAAAUAAUAAAGAAAAUGGGAAUGAAAGCAUUAGAUUCAAAUCUGAUUUUCCUCAGUUUAUAGAAAAGCAGAAGACUAAUGAUAACGAGACUGAAUUUGUAAAAAAAAAAAUUAGUAGAAAAGAAACGGAGUAUAAAGUAGAGAUACAAACGGAUGGUGAACAAAGUAAAGAAAACAAAAUUCAAGUUGUUCAAACGAAAAGUGAUAAAAUUAAACCAAAGAUAGUAAGAAAUGAGAUGGUUAACAUUCCAUUUCAAGAUUUAAUAAAGAUAAAAAUGACUGCAUCAGAAACUAAGAAGAAAGUACCUGAAAAUUUUCAAAGUGACAACGAAGUUCCUGCAUUGCAAACUGAUGGCGAUAUAAGUACAUUGAAGAACACAAUUAAAAAAUUGAAAAGUGAAAAUGCACAGUUAGAGAAACGAAAAAAGGAGUUAAAACUGGAAUUAGAAGAGAAAGUAAAAGAAAUAAAGAGAUUAAUGGAUUUAAAUGAGAAUCUUCAAAAUCAUUUAAUCGAAAAAUGUGAAGAACAAAAAGAUGAGAUUAGAAAAUUAGCCAAUGGUAAAGAGAGUACCAAUGAUGGCUACGACAGUAAUUUUCCAUCUUUUCUGAGAACCAGAACUACUGACAACAUCCGAAGGGUUCAUAUUGGUAAUGAUGAGUGGAUACCAGAAAUAGCAUAUAACAGAAUAAAUACCAAAUCAGCAACUGCUCGUCAAUUAGCUGGUAAUAUUCUAAUUGCCGUUUUCGAUGAAGAAAUUCUUCUCACAAGUACCAUUACGGGAAAUGAGAGUAACAAAAAAGGAAAAGGCAACAGAAACUCUGUUAAAAAAUUGGACGAAAAAAAAUCAACGCAUGUGAAAAGUUAUAUGAACAUUUACUAG